AUGUCGCCGGAGGGGACAGGGGGAGAUCCGCAGGCGGUGGACCUCCCGGAGUCCAUCCAGGGUCGGCGAUGGGCAGACGUGGCGGCGGAGGAGGACGCGGCGGAGGCGGCACGUGCGGAGGCUGCCGCGCGGUUCUCGCCGCCGGGGUCGGCGAUCCUCGGCGACUACCUCGUGUAUGCGCGUCGUGGUCGGCCGCGCCGGUCGCCUCCUCUCCGCCGUCGGAGGUGCCUCACCGCCCGCCGCCGUCGCGGGUGCCAGCAGGUUCGCCGCGCGCUGAUGCGCCGUCUAGGGCUCCGCCGGCAAGGAUCUCGGGGAGGUGGCCGCCACGGGUUCGGAGGAGCCGCCGGCGCAGGUGGGCGAGGUGGUUGGUCGCGGGGCGGAGCAGCUGGCUCCCCGUACCGCCGCCGCCGCCGCCAUGCCCGUCGGGGAGGGGGCCUGCCUCACGUGCGGCUCGAGCGCCGCUCGGUCCUGGGCCAUCUAGGCCGCAUGGGCCCGGGCUCGUGCUGGCCUGGAGGCACCAGGCGGAGAGACGCGUCGGGCCCACGCGGCCCACUUCGGCGCCCACUUGGUUCUCGGCUCCGAAAGGGGUCAAACCACUUAGGGUUUGCCCAACCUGCUCGCCCCGACCAGAUACGCCGCCACGCCGCCUCCGCCCGCGGGAUCCGCCUUCACCCGCCGCUGCCGCCGCUUUCCACCAGCUACCGCGACAUGGUCCUCAAGCGGCCAAGGAGCCCGUCGUCGAGCAGAUCCCCGCCCCAGCACCACCGCCGCGUUCGCCCUGCCUCCCCUCGCCCUCCGCCCCCCCCGCGGCCCCCGAGCCUUACCGGCCCCGGCGAGACGCUCCCCGCCGCGCCGCUCCCAACCGCGCCGGUCUUCCCCCGCCGGAGGUCGCCGUCGCCUCGCAGGCACGGUCGGGAUGGCCGUGCUGUGGGGCAGGUUGAGGGCGGCCGGGAGCGGGACUCCACCGCGCGCCACCAGGGGGGUCGCCGCACAUGCCGCCCGCGGCGGCUCGCCGGGCCUGCGUGCCCCGUCCCCUUCCGCGUCGCGCAGGGAGGCCGCAUUGCGGGCUGA